AUGGUCAUUACAUUUCCUUGCUUGAUAAAAAAAUUGAGAAAUAGAACUGAAAGUAAAGAAAGUGUGGUGAAAUCCCCAAGGUCACUGCCGCAGCAACUACCAAAAUAUCUCUUCAAUGUGUUUGUCUUUUUUUUUUUUUUUUUUUUUCCUCAGAAAAAUGCAAAGGUAGCAGUGCUGGGGGCCUCGGGAGGCAUUGGCCAGCCCCUCUCCCUUCUCCUGAAGAACAGCCCGCUGGUGAGCAGGCUCAGCCUGUACGAUAUCGCUCACACUCCAGGUGUUGCAGCUGACCUCAGCCACAUCGAGACAAGAGCGAAUGUUAAAGGCUUCCUGGGACCUGAGCAGUUGCCAGAAUGUCUGAAGGGCUGUGACGUUGUAGUUAUUCCUGCGGGAGUCCCUAGGAAACCAGGUAUGACCCGGGAUGACCUGUUCAACACCAAUGCUAGCAUUGUUGCUACUUUGACAUCUGCCUGUGCAAAGCAUUGUCCGGAAGCCAUGAUCUGUAUUAUUUCUAACCCGGUAAAUUCAACCAUCCCAAUAACUUCGGAAGUCUUCAAGAAGCAUGGUGUGUAUAAUCCCAACAGAAUCUUUGGCGUUACAACGCUGGACAUUGUCAGAGCGAAUACUUUUGUGGCAGAACUAAAGGGCUUAGAUCCAGCUCGAGUAAGUGUUCCAGUUAUUGGCGGCCACGCCGGGAAGACUAUCAUCCCUCUGAUCUCGCAGUGCACACCAAAAGUGGACUUUCCUCAGGAUCAGCUGGAGAAGCUUACAGGGAGAAUUCAAGAAGCUGGCACUGAAGUUGUCAAAGCUAAAGCAGGAGCAGGAUCUGCCACCUUGUCUAUGGCCUAUGCUGGCGCUCGGUUUGUGUUCUCUCUGGUGGAUGCGAUGAAUGGAAAGGAAGGGGUUGUUGAAUGUGCCUUUGUUCGAUCGGAAGAGACGGAGAGCCCGUACUUCUCUACGCCUCUGCUGCUGGGAAAAAAUGGAAUUGAGAAGAACCUAGGUUUUGGCAAGAUCUCCCCCUUUGAAGAGAAGAUGGUUGCUGAGGCCAUGGCUGAGCUGAAGGCUUCAAUUAAGAAAGGAGAGGAGUUUGCGAAGAACUUCAAGUGAAGAGUUGAUGACGGAGAGGAAUUAACAACUUCCUUAAUUUAUUAAGGCAUCAUGUCACUUUACGACUUCUGUUUCAAAGCUCAUGCUUUGGUUGAAGUCUGUCUGUAUUAGCUUAAUGAUUGUUGCCAGUGCAGAGUCUAAUCAUCAAUAAAAAGGCCUCAUUUUUUCAGUGUACCA